UAGACACACGUUGCUCUUACUGGUUUAGAUGCUGGGCGUACUAGUUGGGGGCUGUUUGUUAACAAAAGUAGAGUUUCAAAUUUAGCAGAGGACAAUAUACCAACCAGGGUUUGUGUAUUGGCUUUUCGGGAAAACGCUGUAGCGCUUAGUGUUAGGUCAGCUGCUGUUAGAGACUCCUGUAUAAGCUUGCGCUCAUAUUUGUUAGGGUAAGAAAUCUAAUUCUACGCCUUGGUUUGUGUGUGUGUGCGUGUAUUGUGGGAUGUGUGUUAAAGUGUGCUUCCUGGUCCUGGCCCUGGCUGUGCUGCAACAGGGGUGCAGCGCUGGGCUAGCCAGCCGUGGUUGUAAGAGCCCUGACAGGGUGAAAGUUGCGGAGGAGGCCCUGACGCAGAUAAACCUGGAUAGGAAAGACGGAUACAUCUUCAGCCUCAACAGACUGUACGACCUUUCAUACACUGCCGACCAGGAAAUAGGAGGGUUGCUUUACAAUAUGACCAUUGAUGUCUUGGAGACCAAAUGUCAUGUAAGCAGCAGGAAACCAUGGAAACGGUGUGAAAUCAGAGAUAUCGGCGACCUCCCGGUGUAUGGAGAAUGUGAGAUAUCUGCCUUCGCUGGUACUCAAGUAGAACUGCAGAGGUACACCUGUGCAAUUCGCAAAGUACCUGCUACUGCGGUGAUAGAAGUGUGUCCUGACUGCCCCACAGCCGACAAACUAGAUGACCCCAUCGUCAUUGAGACAGCCAACCUCUGCCUGCAGAGGUUCAACGCAGACAGCCCCCAUGCCAACUUCUUCUCACUGGGGAAUAUUACAAAAGCCAGUUCACAGUGGGUUAUAGGUCCAUCCUACUUUGUAGAGUUCACCAUUCACGAGACUGCGUGUUCCAAAAAAAAUGGCACUGAUGACCUGAGUAGUUGCCCAUUAAUGGAAUAUCAGUUUGCUCGCAGAGGAAUUUGCUGGGGCUCGCACUAUGCCCGAGAGGAAGAGUUUGUAGUAAGCAUGACCUCUGACCUGAAAGAGCCCCCCCUGCAGAAGAAGCAGCCCGUUGAGGUCCGGUGUGAGCUCUAUGGACCUGAGGCCAUCAAUGUUGAGAAGCCUGCCCAUACUACAACAGAAAAUGGACAUGCACAUCAACACCCACGCCAACACCCGUCUCUUGGGACUGUGGUUGAUCGCCCGGCGCCCUCCAGAUCAUCCCCAACAGCCAGCUUCUGCCCCGGGCAUCGCAGACACAAUUUGGGCUUGGAUACACUUAAACUGUGAUAGUCUGGGCCUGGACCAGACUCUGUGGCGUGAUUUGGUCAGCUGCAAAAAUUUGUAAUAAUCUGCUCAAACUACCCCUUAUCAAAAAUGGGUUCAUUAGAAGUAUACUUAUAUUCAUUUUCAGUUUCCCACAAGUUUAUCGCUGCUUCAGUUAAAGAAUACUAUUUAUGUUUAAUUUUUUUUGCGUGUAAUUGUAUGACUGACUUACAAUACUGCCCACAAAUUAUUUGGCUCAUUUUAAUCACAUAUUAAGUACACUGUUGAAAUUUAAACAUACCAAAACUGUAUUUUGGUUGACUUUCUCUAUGGCCUCUCUGGCAGAAGAAAAAAAAAUAGAAAAAGAAAAAGAAAAACCCAAAUGGGAGUGGGUAGAGAUGUUGACAAGGCCCAAAAAAAAAAAAUUAAGCUUGUGCUGCAAUCUAGACAUGUCAGUUGUUUCAUGCUUAUCCAAAUAAUUAUGGUGCUAUGAGUGAAAUACCCAGAACAAAACAAUUGCAUGGUAUUAUUAUCAAGUUGUUGCAGUAGUUGUGUUAUGACUGGAUUUUUCGUGUGCAUGCAUCUACCCAUUGCUGCUAUGAGAAGCCAGUCAACUGAGGUUAGAACAUGUUUGCUUGAAGGCAAAUGUACUGAAAGGCAUCUUGAUGAGUUGGUGGAUAUGAAUAAAAAACACUGUAAACAAAUAUUAAAAGACCUGGCGUGGUGUUAAUUCAGU